GUCCCGGCGUUUCAUGUGGCGCGUCCCACCCGUCUCCUGCAGCUGAGCGAGCGAGGGAGCGGCAGGCGGGCCCGCCGGGGCGAGGCGGAGGGCGAAGGCUGGAAGAGGAGAGAGGUGAUCGCCGUUGGGGCAGAGCGGGGGAGACCAUGUCCGGGCGGCCCAGGACCACCUCCUUCGCGGAGAGCUGCAAGCCAGUGCAGCAGCCCUCGGCCUUCGGCAGCAUGAAAGUCAGCCGAGACAAAGAUGGCAGCAAAGUGACUACAGUAGUGGCAACUCCUGGACAAGGUCCGGACCGACCACAAGAAGUCAGCUACACAGACACCAAGGUGAUUGGAAAUGGAUCUUUUGGUGUUGUGUAUCAAGCCAAACUCUGUGAUUCAGGAGAGCUUGUGGCCAUUAAGAAAGUCCUGCAGGAUAAAAGAUUUAAGAACAGAGAGCUCCAGAUUAUGAGAAAGUUGGAUCAUUGUAACAUUGUCCGAUUGCGUUAUUUCUUCUACUCUAGUGGAGAGAAGAAAGAUGAGGUGUACCUCAACUUGGUGCUGGACUAUGUUCCUGAAACAGUAUACAGAGUUGCCAGACAUUAUAGUCGGGCCAAACAGACACUCCCUAUGAUUUAUGUCAAGUUGUACAUGUAUCAGCUGUUCCGGAGUUUAGCCUAUAUCCAUUCCUUUGGGAUCUGCCACCGGGAUAUAAAACCGCAGAACCUCUUGCUGGACCCUGAUACAGCUGUUCUAAAACUCUGCGACUUUGGAAGUGCAAAACAGCUGGUUCGUGGAGAACCCAAUGUGUCGUACAUCUGCUCCCGGUACUACAGGGCACCAGAGUUGAUCUUUGGAGCCACCGAUUAUACCUCCAGUAUAGAUGUGUGGUCAGCAGGCUGUGUAUUGGCUGAACUGUUACUAGGACAACCGAUCUUUCCAGGUGACAGUGGUGUGGAUCAAUUGGUGGAAAUAAUCAAGGUUCUGGGAACGCCUACAAGGGAGCAAAUUAGAGAAAUGAAUCCAAACUAUACUGAAUUCAAAUUUCCUCAGAUUAAGGCACAUCCAUGGACUAAGGUCUUCCGGCCCCGCACUCCCCCUGAAGCAAUUGCGUUAUGUAGCCGCCUGCUGGAGUACACCCCCACUGCCCGCCUGACUCCCCUGGAGGCCUGCGCGCACUCUUUCUUCGAUGAACUACGGGACCCAAACGUCAAGUUACCAAACGGGCGAGAUAAACCUGCACUCUUCAAUUUCACCACUCAAGAACUGUCAAGUAACCCAACUCUGGCUUCGAUCCUCAUCCCCGCUCAUGCCCGGAACCAAGCAGCUGCUUCAACCCCUACAAAUGCUACAGCGGCCUCAGAUGUUAAUGCAGGAGAACGAGUUCAGACCAAUAGUGUAGCUACAGCAUCAGCCUCCAACUCCACCUGAACCAGUACCAAGCCGCCAGCUACACAGGAAAAAUCACCAGUAAUUUGAGUCUUGCUCAGCAACACUGGUCACAUUUGGAAAGAAAACUAAAAAGAGGAAAAAAAAAUCCAACGAAACAACAAACCAACCAACCUGUUCAUUUUAAUGUUCAAUUUUUUAUUAUUAUUGUUGUUCUUAUUUAACCUUGUAAAAUAUCUAUAAAUGCAAACCAGUUUCAUUGUAUUCUCACUGCAGGGUGUCCAGGGCAGGGGACUAGGUGGGGGAGGAGGGAAAGAGGAGCAAUACAACACACCAGUGUCUCCCCUGAACAAUCUGUUAAUGUUGGAAGUUUGCUGUUGUGUACUUCAGAACCAGGACUCUUGCCUCAUACCCCUCCCACAACAGAAAGAAGGAAAAACCGAAACAAACAAAUCCCAAACCUCAUUCUCUGCUGAAGUUCUGAAGUUCUUUUUUCUUUUUUUUUUUUUUUUACCCUCUUUUCUUAUUUUCUUUUUAAGUGAAGUUUCAGACUUUGAUGUAGUGCACAGCUUGAAUUUGGUCAGGAGCUUAGCAGAGGUCGUUCAACAGAGCUCAAUGUUUCUUGUCAGCAAAUCCAUAUCCCAGGUUAUCUGAAGAGCUGCCCUGGCUUGGCACAGGGAGUGAGUGACAUGGUAGGAAAAUAGGUUGCCAUGGGGUGCGGGGGAGGGUUUGCCAUGUGUCUAAGGCUUGAACCACUAGUGGAAGCCUUUCAUUUGUAGAAAUCAAUGCUAGUGAUGAGGAAAUCUGCAGCUUCAUGUGGGAAAAGUUUUGCCUGAGUGGGUGAUAUAUAAUACAAUACACACACAUGCACGAAUAGCAGCAGUCAGCUCUGCCGAGGCAUCCCCUUUGCCCAGCCGGAGCUCCCUGUUUUCUGUGUCUCAGGCCGGCUCCCAGCUUCAGCAGAUGAACAAAAUCCUCCGCAGGGGCCCAGCUGGUGGAUGGAUGUUCAGGGACUUUUUGGGAAGUGACCGCUGUGAAAGUGUGUUUGGUUAGGUUUUUUCUCUCCCCGCCCUCCUUGUCUCUUGAUUUGAACAGGCUUCCCUUUCCUAAGGUGCGUACAGGAAAAGGACACCAGGGUUUAUAAUGUGAAUUGUAACAGGCUACUGGUUUAUUUUGUAAUACUCCUUUUUUUAACUGCAGUUUUAACUUGCAGGAUGCCACAUUCUUUGAUAGUUCUGAUUUUAAAUCCACAGCUAAAGUCUGUAUUUAAUUUUAAUAUUUUUUAACCUCUUGCUUUUUCUUUUUUUGAUCUCUAUUUAUUGAUGAGUGUUGCCACGUCGCCAUUAUGUUUUUGCAUUAGUAGAAUAUUAAAAUACACAUCCAAAUGCUCUUGAUGGUAAUUUGUACCUGCUGACUUGUAGGAAAGCUGGCUCUGUAUGAGUGUAUGUGUAUAUAUAUAUUAUAUAAAUAUAUACAUGUAUACAUAGAUACAACACUGCUUUUUUUAUUAUGUCUACAGUCUUAAAUCAGUCUGACUGAAGCAUGAGGUGAAUGCUUGUUCUAGUCCAUCAGUUCAGGGUCCAAGUUUCCUCCCUGUCACGGCGUGUGGUGCAAGCAUCCACGUCUCUCUUCCUGAAGUCAAAGCAAUAUUCCUUGCAAAAGGAUCGGGUGAACGGCCGGAUGCAGCCCCGGCACGAAAACGAAACUUUGGGAGACCUGAUCUUGUGGUAGGCUUGCGGUUGGUGUCCGCUCCAGCCUGAUCCUUCUUCAGAGAAACUGUAGUCACCUUUGGUGCUUACUGAGCUGUUCCAUGACCUGCGAAUCUCUAAGACAAGCAGUUGCUUUUCAGGAACACACAGAACCUUCGUGUGGCCUGGGGGGAACCAGCAGUAGCGGCUUUGGAAGCUUGGCUGCCGCAGGGGUGGCAGGAGAUUGGUCACGAGCUUAGUGUGUUUUUUCUUAUACCUUUUAUGCUGUUGACGUGGGAUUUUUUUGGAAACUGUCUCUUAGCAGCCCUGGAACUGAUAAAAGCUCUGCCCUCUCCCUCCUGCCUGGUACGCAGUGGGUUUGGGUGUGCAGGAGCUAAUUGAAGAGGUGAGUGACUACCUACCAUGAAACCGAUAAAAACCCUCAUGUUAUACCCUUCAGUGAUUUGCUGUUGGGCACAAACACACACCAAAAAAAGGUGUUAAAAGCUUUUUUGCAUUCUGGCUGGCUGCAAAGGAAAGCACACCCACGUUGAGAAAUGGAAGGCUUUCCAAAUUCUUACCUGCAACUUAAUAGAAAGGGCUGAAGAGUGUCUUAACACAUGCGCUCCGCUAGUCAGUGUCUUGAAAGGUAAGUGAAGGGGCUUGGUUGACCCAGUGAUCCAAAUCCAUGCAGGAGACUCAAAAAGUAGGACAGUGGCAGGGUGUGGAUAUGCUGUAUAGACAAGACUGCUGAAGCAUUGGCCACAGGCACUUUUAUUUGGAGGCAGUAAAUUACUGAGUCUUUAAAAAAAAA